AAGGCACAUGGCCGGGACCAACACGCUGUUUCUCCUCAAUGGAGGCUCGCUCCUGCCCAAGGGCGCCGGGUUGGAGGCUGUGCUUGACGUGGACAAGACGGUGGCCUUUCUCGGCUCGCUGGGCGGACGCGACAAGCUCUGCCGAGUGGUGCAGUACUUUGCCAAGUGGCUGGCCACCUUUGCCGCCGAUGGCCCGGUCCUGGGCAUGACGGGUGCGGAGCUGGGCGGGCUUGCGUCUGCGCUGUCGAUGGCGCGCAAGGGCUUCCGCCUCUUCAAGUCGCUGGACAUGUACAAGGCUGUGCGCGACGCUACGGACGUGGCCGACCCUGUCCUGCGCAUCGCGGCGACGCUGCGGGCGCUCGGCUACGGGGUCUACCUCAUGUACGACAACUGGGUCUUCCUGGUCAAGUCGGGUUUUGCUGCCGAUCCUGCGCUCAAGGCCAAGGUCGCGCGCGCGUACAAGUUCUGGACCCUCGGCCUCGUCUGCUCCAUGAUUGCCGGUCUGUACAAGCUCUCUGCUGCGGUGGCGGCGUACAACGCGGCGACGCGGGCCAUUUCGGUGUCGAAUCCGGACAACGCGGUGCUGGCGGCCAAGGCGACCAAGGCCGAGGCGGCUAUCCGCAAGGUCGGCCUCGGCCUCGCCAAGGACGUGUGCGACGCGCCGAUUCCGCUCAACGCGCUCGGUUGGGGCGGCCCGCUCUCGCCCUCGCUCCGCUUUGCCUCGUUUACCGGCACGCUCUCAUCGGCCAUCGGGUUCUACCUUGCGUGGCCGGCGGAUGGCGGCAAGGCCAAGUCAUAGCUGCGAUAGGGAGCCAGGGAGUGUUAUGCCUGGCCGGCGUGCGCGCCGGCGACGCGGAAGCGGAACUCGAGCUUGCCAAAAGAGACGACGUCGUUGGAGGCGAGGGCGAUCGGCUCGUCGGCGACAAGAACGCCGUUGACGCGGGUGCCACCCUUGGCGUAGUUGAGGAGAGUAAAGCCAUCCUUGCUCUGGACAA